AUGAAGCAUUUCUUUUUUGCAUUAGUGCUAGUGACACAAAUUAACUUUCAAUGCUGCAAGGAAGGCAAAUGUAUUGUAUCAUUCAAAGGAUGCUGUCCUGAUACCAUAUGGGAUCAAUCUAAAGGAGAAUGUGUUGAUUGUCCUUUGGGAUUUUUUGGUGAAUUUUGUAAUGAGUCUUGUCAUUAUCCUUUUUAUGGGAAAUACUGCAAAGAUAAAUGUAACUGUGGUAAUCAAUCAUGCGACAAUAUAGAUGGCUGCAUUGACAAUGAAUGCCCUUUUGGAUACAUUGGUAUAAACUGCAGUCAGACUUGUCAGUACCCAAACUUUGGUAAAGGUUGUAAGGAAGUCUGUCGAUGUGACAGGAGUCUUUGUGAUUUUGCUACAGGAUGCCAUGCCGGAGAGGGAGAGAAUUUAAAAGACAUUCAUGUAUACAUGCUGAUUUUUGGUAUAACCCUGGUUGCAAUUUUCAUCGCAUAUAUAGCAGUCACCAUAGCUAACAAGUACAUUGUGAAUAAUAAUACAAAUAUAGAGGAGACCGAUCCACAUUAUUCAUCACCUGCUGAAAUCGCUCAUAUUAAUGAAAAUGAAAUAAGGGAUUGAUUUUUCC